UUGUCCGCCCCCUAAUCCGGUUGGCUCAGAGACUGCCUGCAGGCCAAUUUGUAAAUGGUUUGCGGAGCUGCCAAUCAAAGCAGACAUCCUCUCCUCAGGCUGUGACUGCGAAACAUCUCAGUUGCUGUGUGGAGAGAUUUGACGGAGGGACGCUGCCGUGCGUGGAGCCAUCAGUGCGCCGCAAUCCGUAAUGCCUCGGUGAGGAUCUGCCACGGCGGAGAGGACGGCAGCGCAUGUGAAAUAUUGUGGAUUUGCAUGUCAGCAGAGGAGGGACUGGUCGCCGGCUCCGCGGCUGUUUGUCCGUUUCUUAUCGCUUCUCUGUCCUCCCUCCCUCCCUCACAUGUCACUCUAAUUAAUCGGAGGCAUGUGGAACCGCACCAGGAUUAGGAAUUGCCUCCCAAUAGUGUGCCUGCUGUUGACGUUAUGGACGAAGGUGUCCCAGUCAACCGGCUAUUUUGAGCUGCAGCUGAUCUCCGUGGAGAAUGUGAACGGCGAGCUGGCGGACGGGGAGUGCUGCGACGGCCCCAGGAGUCCCCAGGACCUGCGCUGCACCCGGGACGAGUGCGACACCUACCUGAGAGUGUGCCUGAAGGAGUACCAGAUGGAGGUCACCACCACCGGGGCCUGCACCUUCGGAGCCGGAGCUACGCCGGUCCUCGGCGGGAAUACGUUUUCUUUCCAGGCCGCCAAGAACAACGCGAAGAGCGACGAAGCCGGAAAGAUCGUGAUUCCCUUCCAGUUCGCCUGGCUGCGAACUUUUACGUUGAUUGUUGAAGCCUGGGACUGGGACAACGACACGCGCAGCAACGGUGAGGAGCUGCUGAUCGAGCGCGGCUUUCACACCGGCAUGAUCAACCCCGGCGAUCCCUGGCAGACCAACCGCCAUGACGGGCCGGUGGCUCGCCUCGUCUACCGCAUCCGGGUGCGCUGCGAUGAGAACUACUACGGGAACAAGUGCAACGAGCUGUGCAAUCCUCGGGAUGACUACUUCGGACACUAUCGCUGCGACGCUUCAGGAAAUCGGGUUUGUCUGGACGGCUGGAUGGGCAAAGAGUGCAAGACAGCGAUCUGCAGACAAGGCUGCGACCCGGUAAACGGCAACUGCUCUGCUCCAGGCAAAUGCGAGUGUAAGUACGGCUGGAAGGGCCAGUUCUGCGAUGAAUGUGAAGUUUAUCCCGGCUGCGUUCACGGCACCUGCAACCGGCCCUGGGAGUGCAACUGUGAGAAGAACUGGGGCGGCCUCUGGUGUGAAAAAGAUUUGAAUUACUGCGGCCGCCACCAGCCGUGCGUCAACGGAGGAACCUGCAAGAACGCCGAACCCGACCAGUACUACUGCGCCUGUCCGCUGGGCUACUCUGGAAAAAACUGUGAGAUAGCCGAGCUUUCCUGCAGCUCCAAUCCUUGCUCCAACGGCGGGACGUGUCGUGACGCCGCUACAGGAUACGAAUGUUUGUGUCCGCCGGGCUGGAAGGGGCCGACCUGCGACAAAAAUUUGGAUGAAUGCGCGUCCAAUCCAUGUUUUCACGGUGGGACCUGUAUCGUCCGGGAGGACGGAUUCGAGUGUGUGUGUUCCCCACAGUGGGAAGGGAAGACAUGUCUCAUAGAUGCAAAUGAAUGUGCAGGACAGCCCUGUGUGAACGCUAACUCUUGCAAAAAUCUCAUUGGUGGAUAUCACUGCAACUGUUUCCGGGGAUGGUCGGGCCAAAACUGUGACAUCAACGUCAAUGGCUGUCACGGUCGAUGCCAGAAUGGAGGAACCUGUAAGAAGGGACAGAGGGGCUACCGCUGCCAAUGUCCUCCUGAUUUUGUCGGCAAUCAUUGCGAAAUCCAGAGGAAUAAAUGUGAGAGCGGGCCGUGCCAGAACGGCGGCAGGUGCCACGUGGUUCUGGACGGCUUCGUGUGCGAAUGUCCGCCAGAGUUCGGUGGCCAACGCUGUGAGAUCUCUCAGUGGCCCCCCUCUGAUGCCUGCGAUUCAAACCCCUGUGAGAACGGCGCCACCUGCCACAGCAUGGACCAAGACUUCUACUGCGCUUGUCCCGAAGGCUACGAGGGAAAAACCUGCGAACGUCUGAAGCAGCGCUGCCAAACCGCAACAUGUCAAGUUAUUGACAGCUGCGUUGUUGCCGUGGCAGUCGACGACUUGGGAGCAGUGCAGCACGUUUCCUCCAACGUGUGCGGCCCACGCGGACGAUGCAUCAGCCAGCCAACCGGCAACUUCAGCUGCAUCUGUGAUCCGGGUUUCAGCGGCAUCUACUGUCACGAAAAUAUCAACGACUGCAUCAGCAACCCGUGUAAGAACGGCGGGACCUGCAUCGACGGGUUGAGCUCGUUUCAGUGCGUCUGUCUGGACGGCUGGGAGGGUCAACUCUGUGACCUCAACGUCGACGAGUGCAGACACAACCCGUGCAAAAAUGGCGGCCGCUGCGUCGACUUGGUGAAUGACUUCUACUGCGAAUGCGCCGACGACUGGAAGGGCAAGACCUGCCACUCCCGUGAGAGUCAGUGCGAUGAAACCACCUGCAGUAACGGCGGCACCUGCUACGACCACGGCGACGCUUUCCGCUGCUCCUGCCCACCUGGCUGGGAAGGAAACACGUGCAACACAGCCAAAAACAGCUCUUGUGCCUCCAGUCCUUGUUCCAACGGUGGGACGUGCGUAGGAGGAGGAGACGCUUUCUCCUGCAUCUGCAAAGACGGCUGGGAAGGCCCCACCUGCGGACACAACAAAGACGACUGCAGCCCUCAUCCAUGUUUCAACGGUGGGAUUUGUGAGGAUGGAGUCAACUGGUUCCGCUGCGAGUGCGCUCCUGGGUUUGCUGGACCAGACUGCAGAAUAAACAUAAACGAGUGCCAGUCUUCUCCCUGCGCCUACGGAGCCACCUGUGUGGAUGACAUCAAUGGCUUCCGCUGCAUCUGUCCUCUUGGUAGAUCAGGAGCCAGAUGCCAAGAAUUCAUAGGCAUUGGAAGGACUUGUCUGUAUGCUGGUCUGCAGUUUCCUCAUGGCAGCCAUUGGGAGGAAGAGUGCAACAACUGUCACUGCAUCGAUGGCAGAGUGCGCUGCACAAAGGUGCUGUGUGGUCGCCGCCCCUGCCGGCUCAGUCCGUCGGGACAGAAGUCCUGCCCAGCCGGACAGGAGUGCCUGGAGCACAACUACUACACCUGCUUCUCUCAGCCCUGCGAUCAGUGGGGGGUUUGUUCGAUGGCCGGACCCCCGCCGCCCCAAGCAGCCACCAAGUGCCAGCCAAACAGCGGCCAUUUGGACAACAGCUGCGGCCGCAUAACUCUUGUUUUCAACAGAGACAAAGUGCCGCCUGGGAUCACAGUGGAGAAUAUUUGCUUUGAGCUGAGGUAUCUUGAAGACACCAGGAGUUUGGCGAAAGACCACAGCCUCCUUCUGCUGUGCGGCCUCUCGCAUUCAAACCCAGAUGCUGUAGAGGUGGCCAUUUCUUUCCAGCCAGAAAAUCUUCCAGACCACAGCCUGAUCCAGGAGGCAGCCAGUGCCGUGGUGGGCACCUUAUCCAAGAGGCACAACAGCACCGUCAUGCUGGCGGUCAUAGAGGUGAAGGUGGAGACGCAGCUCAUGCCUCCGUCAGUGGACUACCUGGUGCCUCUGCUGUGCGUCCUCUUCUGCUUGCUCUGCCUCUUCUGCAUCAUCCUCUGCGUGUGGUGGACGCGGAAACGGAGAAAAGAGCGCGAGAGGUCGGCGCAGUCGGCUCCUGACGGCAGCGUGAACAACCAGUGGGAGCCGCUGCGCCUCGUCGUGGGACGCCAGCCGCAGCAGCAGCUGAAGGAGAGCAACAGGGAGACUGAGCAGGAGCGCAGAAAGCUCAUGGGCCCCUCCUGUCGGACGUGUGACGAUGAGGAGGAGGAGACGGAGGGCGAGCUGGAGGAGGAGUGCGGCGGCGGCGCGGAGGCGGGAAAGGAGCUCGUUUAUAGGUACUCUAAAACUGCAGUGCAGUCCAGCGGGGGGAUGAUCUGCACCCUGCACAGCUCCAGUCCGCCUCUCAAAGCCCCCCACCGGACCCAAGGCUACAGCUCUAAAGACAACCGCUGGAGAAACGUCGGUGGCGUCUGGACUGGUCAGAAAGAGCUCAAAGACCAUUGUGUGUAAGAAAACGUAAAGAAAGGACUAUGCAGAGGCGAGAGAGGCUGCAAGGCAGCUACUGUCCUGUUGUGUUUGGGACUUCUGUUGAAAACUAAACGAGGCUUUGCGUUUAAGAAGCCGUUCUUUGGUUGUUGUUUUUUUUUUGGGUUGUCGCUGAAGAUGAUUUCUCCGUUUUUCUUUCCCCUCGUUCAGGAGGC